AUGUUGGUUUGCGUUCUGUGGGCAUGGACAGUGUUUUUGGCGAGUGUUAGUGCCAGUUGCGACUUCCCGGCUCUUUCUCGGCUCAGCCAAAAUUUGCGUUACGAUGAAUCGGCACUCUCAGAAUAUUCGCAACUGGCAGCACAGCUGGCACUGUGUGGCACCCGAGAUGCCGAGCAAUUGCGCUGUCAGCUGCUAUACAAGAGUGGGCUUAUCCAGGUCUCGAGUGGGAACGAUCUGGCCGCUUUGGAACACUUCGAAGCGAUCCUAAACGCGCCAGAUAGUUCCACCUUCAAGCCUCUGGCCCAAAAAAGGCUACGGGAGAUUUAUCAAAAAUACGGGUACUGGCACAAACUCAGCGACUCUGGCAUUGCAAAGCACUAUGAGACUCUCAAAAAAUCUUUUGCUGCACAUCUCAAACGCAAUGAGCCAGUUCCCUUGCCGCUACGUGAGGAAUUCCAAAAUUUAGCGCCACUGGCUUUAGACACCCUGGUGCUGCUAAAUGAUGCCUUGUAUUACGACCUGUCCCGGUCGCUAGGCAUCAACACUGCCCAAUCUAUCAUCGAAAACUACAAAACUCUCCUGGGCAAGCACAAAAAGCUUGUCAGCGUUACAGAUAAACUUAAAAUUCACCACGCGAUUGCAGUUUUGCAAAUGUUCGUCAUGUCCACACCUCCGACUAGUCUUAUGAACUGUUUGGCUUUAGACAUGGAGUACAAGCCAUGUCGUGAGCUGUCUAAACUCUCGAGUCGAAUCAACAAGGUAAACCCACCAUUCACGGCGAUGACACACCCUGACCAGUUUUUGUCACUUCAUGAGUUUGACUGGAGCAAGGUUCUGGACUUUUAUACCGGCGGCGCUAGGCUCGUCAAGUUCGCUGACAUCAAGAAGGGUUCCAACAAUCUAGAAAUCGUACAGAUCGUGGAAAAAACGCUUUUGGAUGAUAUGCUCCUCAACCGCCCACUUUCGUCAAUCUCCGAGCAGUGGAAGCUUGCAACCACCGCCACAUCUGUUUUUUCUGUUACACGAGAUCUCAUUUUAUGCGAGGCAUAUGAUCAGAUGUCCAAACCCAAAAUAGCCGAGAAGUUCUGUCAAAAGGUGGAAAAGGAAAAGCUUACACCAGAAGUGCUCGAGGCUUUACACGCCUUCUCAGACAGCCUGCAAAAUAUUGAGAGUGCUAAAGAAACUCUUCAUAAAGUGUGGCAGGAUUUUCCCUCUCUGGCCUUGCAUGCCGUUAGAAAGUGCCUCAACACCUUAUCGAUCAAAGAAAAGGCCCGUAAUGGUAUGGACACUACUCAAAUCUGGGCUUUGCUUGAAACAUUCACCCAUGAACACGAGUGGAAAGGAUCACAGAACGAGGCGAUUUCAAAGGCAAAUCGUGUUAUCAAAAACACUAGCGGUAAAAAGAGAAGGGAACACCAGGAAAGAUUCCAGCAGCAACAACAACAUCAACAGCAACAAUUUUUCAGGCAUCAACAAAACGCUCCACCUCCUCCAAACGAUCUCUCAAAGAAAAAUCUGUACAAAACUCUGGGACUUUCAAAAGAUUCUUCCAGUAAGGACAUCCGAAAAGCUUAUUUAACAAUGACCAGGAAACAUCAUCCGGAUAAACAGGGACAACUUUCAGACGAGGAGAAACGAAAAAACGAGGAGAAAAUGUCUAGAAUAAAUGAGGCUUACGAGAUAUUGAGUGAUGAAGAAAAACGAAGAGACUAUGACAAUCAACGGUCGAACACUGGUCAACAAAGGCAGCAAUCUCCGUUCGGAAAUGGUAACAGCGGAGGCUUUCCUUUUGGCGGCGACCGAUUCAAGAUGAACUUCGGGCACUUCAGAUGA